UAAUUUUUUGAUGCAUUAAUUUUUUGUUGUACUCUUUUUGAUUGUUUGUUAUGAAGGAUAAAAUUAGGGUUUCGAUUGAAUUUAUUGAAUGUUUGUUUGUUUGUUAUGAAGGAUAAAAUUAGGGUUUCGAUUGAAUUUAUUGAAUGUUUUACUGUGAAACUUUUGCGGAAUUGCUCUUCUGCAGAAAGAUUUAUGCUUUCCUUUCUUUGAUGUUAAAUUAAUUUGUUUUAUGAAGAUUGUUCUUUUGAUGUAAUUGGAAGAGGUGUAAAUUAGAAUUCUUGCAAAUUUUAAUGGCUGAGAAAUUGUAAUUAUAUUGAAGAUUUCUAGGGUUUUACCGAGAAUUUGCUUGAACGUAGUGGUGGGUUGGAUUUUUUUUACUUAGGCAAUAAUACAAGUAUAUAAUACUAUAAAUUGUGGUACUUUAAUAAAAAAAAUUCUAAUAAUAACAUAAUUAACUAAUAGUAAUAUGAAUAAUAAAAUAAUAAUAAACAAUAAUACAAAUAUUUAAUAAAAUAAUAGACACUAAUACAAAUAUUUUCUUUUUGAUGCAUAUGAGCCAUGAAGGUAGUACAAAGUACAAAGAAGGGGAGGGGGGAUUCGAACCUGUGACCUAUCGUUCACAGCACCUCAAUCUUAACCAUUGGGCCAAGAUAUCCUUGGUACAAUAAUACAAAUAUUUAUUGAACAUUGACUAUUUGGACCUUAUUGGACCUGAUUGGAACUUAUUGGACCUUAUUAGACAUGAUUGGAACUUAUUGCACCUGAUUGAAACUUAUUGGACCUUAUUAGACCUGAUUGAAACUUAUUGCCCUAAUUGGACCUUAUUGCAACUUAUCUGAACUUAUUGAACCUGGAACUUAUUUUUUUAAGCUAAGGAGAUUACACCCUGAGCGUAUAAGGUGUUGUUUGGUUGGAAGCUAUUUUCCUUGGAAAUACAAAUUCCUAGGAAAUGCAUUAUGGGUAUUGUGUUUGGUUGGAGGGAAAUGGGAGAAGCAUAGGAAAUACAAAUUCCAAGGGAAAUAGAAUUUCCCAUGAAACAUGGGAAAUAACUCACCAAGCCCCCCUUGAUGAGUAAUUUCCUAGGAAAUGCAAUUUCCUAUGGUGUCAACCAAAUAAUUUUUUCUAAUUCCUAGGAAAUUAACAAGGGAAAGAAUUUCCCAUGAAAUGUAAAUUCCCAUGGGAAAUUACUUCCCAUGUGAACCAAACGAGACCUAAGAGUUUAAGACAAUUAACACAACACACAAGUUCAUGUGUACAACCGAAGACCCUAUUGAGGUCCACAAAUCAUGGCCCAUGAACGUAGUCGAUCUGUUUCUAAGUAUAAGGCAUUUAACCUAUCUACAUGACUACAUCGAUCUGGCAAUGUCUCCCCGUAAUUUAAGCGUCUUCUGCUCUUUCUUUUUCCUCCAUUGAAGCAGCUUCUAAGACCUUAUUUAUAACAAUUCAAUGUUAGGAUCAAUUUAUGAAAAUGAACAUAGACCUGUUUCUCCCUCCUAUCGGGGCUCCGGACACAUUGGCAAAGAUUUGAGCUUAAAUUUAUGUACUACUGCUCCAUCAUAUGCACGCAAUUGCAUUGGUAGGUUAGUUUCGGUUGAUAUGCUUAGCAGUUUACCGGAUGAAUUGUUAAUUAGGAUACUUUCAUUGCUUCCCACCAAAGAUGUUGCUGCUAUCUGCUCCUUGUCGAGGCGAUUGAUGCCUGUUUUUCCUUGGAUUACUACCCUUGACUUGGAUGAUUCACCUAUAGUUCAUUGUUUGAAACAUCCAUAUGCAAUCCAACGUUUCCCCAAUUUUGUGGCAUUUGUGGAUACUGUUCUCGGAGUACACCAGUCGCCAUAUCUCACCAGGUUUAGACUUGGAUUGGCAAGUGAUUUCUCUGCUGGUUACUUGCCUGGUUGUUGCGGUGGUCAAAAAGAUUGUUUCCCGGACUUGAAUUUCACUCUAGUUAAAGCUUGGAUCUGUUUUCCAAUAGCCCGUUAUGGGCUAAGGGAGCUUGACCUCCACAUUCAUCUGAGGCAAUCAGAUGAUUGUCAGCUACCCACGGAAAUUUUCACUUGUGAAACAUUGGAGGUGUUGAAGAUUGAUGUCAACCUAGGUCUUGAUCAAGUUUCCACCAUGCCAUCCUUCAAUCUUCCAAACUUGAAAAAACUCCACUUGAGUGCGUCUCUGUUUCCUGAUGAUGGCUUAGUGUCCAGGCUAGUUUCAAGCUGCCCUUUGCUUGAAGACCUCACCGCUGAGGGCUGGUGGAAGGAUGGCCAAUCCACUAUUAUCUCUUCACCUUCUCUUCGGAGAUUGGCUUUAACAAUUGAGCGAGACACAUGCGAACUCGAUAACCCUGAUUUUGUUCUUAUCCAAACUCCUAACUUGGAGCAUCUGUAUUAUGCUGAUAACUUGGCAUUACACUACUCUGUUCCAAGCAUGCAAUCUCUUGUUAUGGCAGUCAUCUCAAUUGGGAAUCGCUUAUUAAAUGAAGAGUCAGACAUUAGUUUCCAGCAAAUGCUUAACCUGCUCCGACCUUUGUCUAAUGUCCAGCAUUUAUAUCUGCACGGCUCAUGCAUGAAGGAUCUAGACUUUGUUGAGGUGAAGGAUCAACUGCCCCUGUUUCCUAAUUUGAAAAAUCUAAGCCUUGAUAUUGAUGUUGAUAGCGUUUUGGAUCGGUCGCUGUUGGCGUUUCUUAAUAGCUCACCUGUCUUAGAAACACUUGUUUUUCCACGGGGCCUCGGAAGCGUUAGUAUUGAAGGUUGUGACGAUGAUGAUAGGAAUCGAUUUGAGCUGAAUCAAGAGUUCUGCAGAAGUGCUCAAGCAAUUCCUUCAUGUUGCAAGUCUCAUCUCAAAAGAAUUGAGAUAAAGAUUUUCUAUGGACUAAGACAGGAAGUAGAUUUGAUCGAGUUUAUGUUGCGACAUGCAUUGGUUCUAGAGGAAUUAGUCAUACGGGGAGACUCGGUCUGGCUUCCAAAAUCAAUUUCAAGGGUAGACAAGAAGUCAGCUGAGAGCACUUUGAAGAUGUUACAAAGGGCCUCUGCCAACUGUUCAAUUCAGGUGUUGUGAUCUGCUCUGCUCUAAUCAUGAUUGGCGGAUUUUGGCUGAUAACAUACUAGAGUUGAGCAGGAGUGUGGUUGCGUUAUUGAGUUGAAUUAGUGCUGGAUUAUUACCUUUAGUCUUAAAUCAUGAUAAGAGCACAAGUGUUUUCAUUAAGAUUAUGCAAUAAAUCGAAAAGCUGAGAAGCUGAGAAGUUGGGUGCUGAGCUUGAUGAGAAGUUGCUUACUGGUAAUUUUAGGAUGUUAAAAUUAAUUUCUUAUUUAUGCCCGUUGGCCAUUAGUUAUUAUUCCAUGUGCUCUUAUAAUUUAGGUUAGUUAAACUAUUAUACACCUAAAUAAAUAGGUGUGAAUUUAUAUUGUGAUUAUUUUGUAAUGCAAAACAAUGAUAUUAAUUGAUAAUCUUAUGUUUCUGAAA